AUGACAAAUCCACCGUAUAUCUUAGAUCAAUUGGUUGAAAUUGCUGAGGUUCUGUCACAUCCUAGAGUGUAUUCAUUUAUUCAUAUUCCUGUUCAGUCCGGUUCAGACGCUGUAUUAGAUGCCAUGAAAAGAGAAUAUACAAUUGAAGAAUUUUCACGUGUUGUAGAUUAUCUCAAGGAGAAUGUACAACCUACAAAUUUACCAAAUGAUGUACCUGACAGUACACCGAAUGGUUGUGGACAGUUAACAAUUGCUACAGAUAUUAUCUGUGGUUUUCCAAAUGAAACAGAAAAUGAUUUUAAUCAAACUGUCCAACUAAUUGAAAAAUAUCAUUUUCCUGUACUUCAUAUUAAUCAAUUUUUUGCACGUCCUGGUACCCCGGCAGCUAAUAUGCAAAGAAAAGCAACAACAGCAGAAGUGAAACUUCGUACACGAAAAUUACACGAUUUAUUUCGAACUUAUCGUCCUUACGAUGUCGUUUUUGAUGGUAAAUAUUGGGUUGGACAUACAAAAGCUUAUGAACAGAUUUUACUCCCAAAAGAUCCUAAUGUCUAUGGUCGGAUUGUGUUAGUUCAAAUCGUGGAAUGUGAUAAAUUCUUUAUGCGAGGUGAAAUUAUCGAUCCUGGACCAUUUGAUUCUAUCGUCUUUCCAAAUCAUCACUCUGGAGUUGUUGGCAUUGAUGUUGACAAUAGCCGCCAGUCAUUGUUAAGAGAAUCCUUAAAAUUGACAAAUCUACCAGAGUUAAUUCAAAAUACAUCAGGAAAUAUUCCAAAUGGGAUAGUGUCGAAAGACAAGGAGCGGUUAUUAUCAAAAUUAAACAAUUAUAUAAGAAAUGAUAAGACACUGGUAUCUCUGACAGGUUAUGCUGCAUUCGCUGUACUUGGCUUCUGUCUAUUUUGA